CUUACUUCUGAUACCUCCAGUUAUAGAUGGCAUAAGUUUGUGCAUCAAAUUUUUGCACGAUGCCGUCUCUGAAUAAUGAUGGGUUUGAUCUGCCCCUUGCGAAAAGGCAAAAGCGAACAAUUAGUCAAGAUGUUGAACGACUAUCUCAGGCAUCUGGGUCUAAGAUAUUUUCUUCCUUCCGGGCAUUAGGGCUAGUGUCUACCGAUGUUCCAUUUACCUGUGUGCGCCUAGGCAAAUCGACGUUUCAGAUCACCACAUCUGUAGGGCGCAGCUUGCAAACAUACGAUUUAAAGCGAGGUCUCAACUUGGUUUUUAUAAGCAGACCUCAAACACCAGAGAGCAUCACUGCUACUUUUGCUUGGCAAGAUAGAAUUUUUGCGGCAUGGGGAAACCUUCGCCCUGGGUCUGGCGGAGGUAUAUGGGUUUUCAAGCGUGGUAAAAGAGUUGCAUCUCUACAAUUACCUUCAGGAUUCUCUGAGCCCAUUGACCGAUUGCUUGUUUUCGGUUCAUGGAUUAUUGGCUCCAGCAGCAAGUACAUCCAAGUGUGGAAAAAUACAUCAUAUCAACACUACACCACUCUCAGUCCUCAGCGCGUCAAGGAUCUGUCCGAGGGACCGGUCUAUACUGGGCAAAUUUGCAAUAUGCCGACCUAUCUCAACAAGAUCUUCGUCGGCAGAUACGAUGGAAAAGUUGACAUUUGGAAUGUAAAGACAGGAAAGUUAAUAUAUUCAAUGCUACCAGUGUCUCCACAAGCAGGUGCUGUGACUGCUCUUCAACCAAGUCCCGCGCUAUCACUUAUUGCCAUCGCAUACAAGGGUGGUAUGCUAUCGAUCUGUAACAUCGAAACGGGCCAACUUAUCAUCUCCCUGCGAACCGACUCUCAACAAAUGCCAUGUGUUACAUCUCUCGCUUUUAGACAUGACGGCCUAGGAGCCGGCGAACACGGUCGGUCUCCUGGCAUGAUGGCGACAGGUUGCAUGGAUAGCGGUGAUAUAACUAUAUGGGACCUGAACAACGGGGGCAGGGCGGUGGGUAUUCUGCGUCGAGCACAUAGAACACUCGCCGGCGAGUCAGGAUCAGGAAUAAGUCAUAUCCAGUUCCUGGACGGUCAGCCAGUGAUGGUCUCAUCAGGGAAAGACAACUCUCUCAAGACAUGGAUAUUUGACGAGAUCCCGUUUUCAUAUAUCCCAAGGCCUCUUCAUUCAAGGAGUGGGCACUCAGCUGCUAUCACCACCCUCAGCUUUUUGCCUUCCGCGUCUGACGGUUCUGAGUUUAGUGGUAAAUGGUUAUUGAGCACGAGCAAGGACUGCAGCCUUUGGGGCUUCAGUGUACGGAAAGAUAGUCAAAACACUGAAAUAUCUCAAGGAGCCGUGGAACACAAAACCAAAAGAAGAGUCACAUCUACCGCUCAUGGUGGAGCUACUCACACUUACAUGGACGGCGACUUCCGAGCACCGGAAAUCACGUGUAUCGCCUGCUCCCUGAACCGCGAUGGCGGAAUGGGGAACACGACAUCUGGCCCUAUUUGGACGAAUCCAAAAGCGACCAGGGCAGACGAUUCUAGCAAAACGGGCUGGGAAAGUAUAGUGACGGGCCAUCGUGGGGACAAAUAUGCCCGGACAUGGUUCUGGGGUAAGAAGAAAGCCGGGCGUUGGGCGUUCGAAACCAGCGACAAAGCCGAAGUCAAGAGCGUUGCGAUAUCUAGUUGCGGCACCUUUGCAAUGGUUGGGUCAGCGGGAGGUGCCAUUGAUAUGUACAACAUGCAAUCUGGUUUGCACAGGCAGAGCUUUCCAACAGCCAGUUUCAAGGAGACUUUGAAAGAGAAGUCUAGAUUCCAGCAUGUCUCUGAAAAUCACGAUAUGAAACAUACCAAGGCUGUCACCGGUCUUAUGAUUGAUGGGCUUAAUCGUACGGUUGUUAGUUGUGGACUCGACGGGAAAGUCAAGUUCUGGAAUCUUGUGUCUGGACGACUCAUCGAUCAGCUUGACUGGUAUCCCAUGACGUCUAUCAAUGGACUUCGAAUCAGCCCCACAAACGAGCUGGUUGCAUUCAGCUGCGACGACCUCUCAAUCCGUGUUGUUGACGUGGAGACCAGGAAAGUCAUUCGCGAAUUCUGGGGCUGUGUUGGACAAAUAAAUGAUUUCACGUUUUCCAAUGAUGGACGCUGGAUAAUCGCUGCUUCUAUGGACUCUACGAUACGCGUCUGGGAUUUACCGACGGGGCAUCUCAUUGAUGUUUUUCGCGUCUCAAGUACGUGUACUUCUCUGGCGAUGUCUUCAACGGGUGAGUUCUUGGCUACUGCACAUGCAGACGGGGUAGGCAUCAGCCUUUGGUCCAACAAAAGCUUGUUUAUACCUAUCUCAACGCGAAAUGUGGACGAUCACCUCAUCGGCGAUGUCAGUAUCCCUACGUCUUCUAGUGAAGGCGGUCCUGGGGUCAUCGAGGCAGCGUUCGCGGAGAAAUUCGAACAAUCUGAAUUAGAGGGCCCAUUGCCAUCCGUUGAACAGCUAAGUGGAGACAUGGUAACUCUCAGCGUCGUUCCUAAGAGCAAAUGGCAAACAUUGCUCCAGUUGAACUUAAUCAAGGAACGAAAUAAGCCAAAAACUCCGCCGAAAGCUCCUCAGAAAGCACCAUUCUUCCUUCCGGCGUCUCCUGAACAAACAUUAACAGAUGGUGAUAUCAAGAUGUCAAUUGAAGGUACACUUGCUGAGCGAUCGCGAAUCACCCGAAUGCACAGUUCGAACAGUACUGCUGGAAUUGCGAGCACACGUUUCACCAGUCUCCUACAUUCGGGAUAUGAGUCUGGCAAUUUUGACCUCUUUGUGGAGCAUUUGAAAGGUAUGCCACCCACAAAGGCAGAUCUUGAGAUCAGGUCCCUGGAUCCACAGUUGCGAGACGGUUACUCUGAAUUAUCCGCCUUUGUGACCGCGCUCUCUAAUCGCUUGGGACUGAGGAGGGAUUUUGAGGUGGUCAAUGCUUGGAUGGCAGUCUUUCUAAGAAUACAUGCCGAUACUGUGGCAGAAUGCUCUAGGACAGAUGCGUAUGAGAACAACGCUUUGAAGGCCGCCCUUGCCGAUUGGAGUCGAGCUCUGCAACAAGAGGCACAGCGCUUAGCUGGGCUGGUGGGAUACUGCAGAGGAGUCGUGGGAUUCUUGCGGUCUACACGUUAAACAUACAUCCUUGUGGCUAGGUAAAAAGAUCAGGACGAUCAAUAUUCUUCUCUGCUCAACCAAAGGAUCAAGUGAUAAUUCAAAACUGAAAUGUAUAAAUCACUGCUGCGAAAGAAGUUCAUAUAUGUUUGACGGGUUCUUCCGCGGGAGACUAGGUCUGAAAUCGUUAAUUUUUGCCGUGGACAUUGCAGAAUCAUUUGCAUACUGAUGCGAGUCUGUCCCGCAAGUUGAAAUGUCUGCAUUGUAGGAGGUUUGUUCCAUGAGCUGAAGAAGUCGAUUCACAAGUUCACUGACAGAGCACUCAGUGUGGAAUUCCUCGCUCAUCUCGCGUAUUGACCGCAUCAGAAUAUAGAGUGGAGGUAAUGUAU